GAGCCCGAAGGUUUCGAGGGCCCCGCAUCGCAACGAUGGCGGUGCGCUGGGGCAUUGUGUCUGUCGGUCUCAUCUCCAGCGACUUCACGGCCGUGCUGCAGACACUUCCUCGCUCCGAGCACCAGGUGGUGGCGGUGGCGGCCCGCGACCUGAGCCGUGCGAAGGAGUUUGCACAGAAACACGACAUCCCCAAGGCCUACGGCUCCUAUGAGGAGCUGGCCAAGGACCCGAAUGUGGAGGUGGCCUACGUUGGCACCCAGCACCCCCAGCACAAGGCGGCAGUGAUGCUGUGCUUGGCGGCGGGCAAGGCCGUUCUGUGCGAGAAGCCCAUGGGCGUGAACGCAGCGGAAGUUCGUGAGAUGGUCACGGAGGCCCGAUCCCGAGGCCUCUUCCUUAUGGAGGCCAUCUGGACCCGCUUCUUUCCUGCCUCCGAGGCUCUGAGGUCUGUUUUGGCCCAGGGAACUCUAGGAGACCUCCGGGUAGCUCGGGCAGAAUUUGGGAAGAACCUCACCCAUGUUCCCCGGGCUGUAGACUGGGCCCAGGCCGGGGGUGCCCUGCUGGACUUGGGCAUCUACUGUGUCCAGUUCAUCUCCAUGGUCUUUGGAGGGCAGAAGCCAGAGAAGAUUUCCGUCAUGGGAAGGCGUCAUGAGACAGGUGUGGACGACACUGUCACGGUGCUCCUGCAGUACCCAGGAGAGGUCCACGGCAGCUUCACCUGCAGCAUCACCGCGCAGCUCUCCAACACGGCCUCCGUGAGCGGCACCAAGGGCAUGGCACAGCUCCUCAACCCCUGCUGGUGUCCAACCGAGCUGGUGGUGAAGGGGGAGCAUAAGGAGUUCCUGCUGCCCCCGGUCCCAAAAGACUGCAAUUUUGACAACGGGGCAGGCAUGAGUUAUGAGGCCAAGCACGUCCGGGAGUGCCUGCGCAAGGAACUACAUCUCCCAGGAGGUUGCAGUUAGCUGAGAUCGCACCACUGCACUCCAGCCUGGGCAACAGAGCAAGACUCUUGCUUCCCCCCACCAAAAAAAGAACUAUGUCUCCCAGGAACCCCUGCAGCAUCCAUCUGCCUGAACCAAGUAUAUUGUACCACAUGGAAUUCUGGGAAUUGUAGUUAUUUGGGUUUCGGGUGAGUGGAUAGGAGGGGUCCCUAACUACACUUUCCCCGCAGGUCUGAAAGAAAGUCCUGUGAUUCCCCUGGUAGAAAGUGAGCUCCUGGCUGACAUCCUUGAGGAGGUGAGGAAGGCCAUUGGAGUCACCUUCCCCCAAGACAAACGCUGACGUAUCUCUGAAUAAAUAAAAACGUCGUUCCUAUAGAGAUCUUACAUCUUCGUGGUAGUGGUUUGGCAGAAGCUGGAGAACCCAGUAUCAAAGGGUCACUAGAAAAUAAUUUGGGCGGGGCCGGGCAUGGCAGCUCACACCUGUAAUCCCAGCACUUUGGG